AUGGAGCUGGAUGCCGUCUUUGAGCAGAAGAAUGAUAUAGCAAAGGCUGUCGAAGAUGAGCUUGAGAAGGCGAUGUCGACCUACGGUUAUGAGAUAGUCCAGACUCUCAUUGUUGAUAUCGAGCCUGAUGUGAAUGUCAAGAGAGCAAUGAAUGAGAUCAACGCAGCUGCGAGAAUGAGGUUGGCUGCAAACGAGAAAGCCGAAGCAGAAAAGAUAUUGCAGAUCAAGAAAGCUGAAGGAGAAGCCGAGUCCAAGUACCUAUCAGGACUUGGUAUAGCUCGUCAACGUCAAGCUAUUGUGGAUGGACUGAGGGACAGUGUUCUCGCAUUCUCCGAUAACGUACCCGGAACAUCAGCUAAAGAUGUCAUGGACAUGGUGUUGGUGAUUCAAUACUUUGACACCAUGAAGGAAAUAGGUGCGUCGUCGAAAUCGUCAUCUGUGUUCAUACCACAUGGUCCUGGUGCUGUUAGAGACAUUGCUGUGCAGAUUAGGGAUGGUCUCCUUCAAGGAAAUGCUGCAAACUUAUAA